AUGAAAAUUAAAAAAAUAUCUCCUAUAGCCGAUGCCGAUUUUGAGCAACUUUGUUUUGAUUUUGGUAUUGAAUUGGAUGAUGUUACCUCUGAAAGAUUGAUGAAGGAAAAGGAAUUGGGUUCUGCAAAGGAUACAAGCAAACUCUCCGAUGAAGUCAUCUACAAGAUUGAAAUCCCAGCCAACAGAUACGAUUUACUCUGUGAAGAAGGCUUGAGCAGAGCUUUGAACAUUUUCCUCGGUCGUCAAGAUGCUCCAACCUAUAAAAUUGAUAAUUCCAAAACCAAACAAUUGUUAAAGAUUAACGUGAAAAAGGAAACUGGAUCAAUCCGUAAAUUUGUUGUUGGUGCUGUCUUGAGAAAUAUCACCUUCACCGAAGAUGCCUACAAUAGUUUCAUUGAUUUACAAGAAAAGCUUCAUCAAAAUAUUUGUAGAAAGAGAACCCUCGUUGCUAUUGGUACUCACGAUUUGGAUGUUAUUGAAGGUCCUUUCACAUAUGAAGCUCUUCCACCAAAAGAAAUCAAAUUCAUUCCUUUGGAUAGAACUGAAUUAAUGGAUGCUGACGAACUUUUCGCUUUUAUUGAAAAAAAGGGAAGUGAAAUGAAGCACUUGUCCCCUUACACUAAGAUUAUCAAGGAUAGUCCAGUUUAUCCAGUUAUUUUAGAUGCUAAGAGAAGAGUUUUGUCUUUGCCACCAAUUAUUAACGGAGAUCACUCAAAGAUCAAAAUGUCUACAAAGAAUGUUUUCAUUGAAUGUACUGCAACUGAUUUGACAAAGGCUAAGGUUGUCUUGAAUACUGUUGUUACCAUGUUCUCUGAACAUUGCUCUGUUCCAUUCACAGUUGAACAAGUUGAAAUUGUAUAUGAAGAUAAGACUCAAUCAAAGGAUGAACCUACUCCAAUUCUUGAUAAUGUUGAAUUCACUACAAAUAGCGACUAUAUUAAUAGUAGAAUUGGUUUGAAUUUAUCUGCUCAACAAAUUGCAGAAAUUUUGACAAAGAUGCAAUUGAAUGCUACUGUCACUCAAAAUAAUGAAUUGAGAGUUCUUGCUCCACCAACUCGUUCAGACGUUUUACAUGCUUGUGAUAUUAUGGAAGAUGUUGCCAUUGCUCAUGGUUACAACAAUAUCCCAAUUACUUUCCCAAAGUCUUCAACUGUUGGUAAGGAAAAUGAAUUGAACCAAUUGUCAGAAAUGGUGCGUCUUGAACUCGCCAUGUCAGGAUAUACUGAAGUUUUGUCCUUGAUUCUCUGUAACGAUGAAGAAAACUUUAAAUACAUGAACAGAGUCAACGAUGGUAAGACUGCUAUUGCUGUUGCUGAACCAUGUCCAUUCGAAUUCAAGACUGCUAGAAUUAGUUUGAUUCCAGGUUUGUUAAAGACCUUGCAAAGCAACAAGUCAUUGCCAUUGCCAAUCAAAUUGUUCGAAUGUGGUGAUGUUAUUUUAGUUGAUGAUUCUAAGGAUGUUGGUGCUAAGAAUAAUAGAAGACUUGCUGCUCUCUUCUCAUCUGCUACAUCGGGUUUGGAACUGAUUCACGGUUUGGUUGACAGAGUUAUGGAAGUUUUAGCUGUUCCAUUCGAAGUUGAACAUAGCCAAUCUGUUGAUAAGCACUGUUUCUCAAUUUUCCCAUCUAACGAUAUUAGCUUCUUGCCAGGUAGACAAGCUGAUAUCUUCUACAAGGGCAAGAAGAUUGGUAUUUUCGGUAUUAUUCAUCCAGAAGUUGCUUCUAACUUUGGUUUGAAGACACCAGUUUCAGUUUUCGAAAUUGAAUUGGAACCAUUCCAAUAAAUCUUAAAACCUUAAUUUAUUUCAAA